AACAUGUCCUACAACAAUUCGGGCUAUGGCUAUGGCUCAGGAAGUGGUCAGUUUACACCUGCCUCUGGGUAUGCAGCCAUGCAAGGUGCUGGAGCCAGUAAGACUUUUGUCCCUGGCAGAACACUGAACUAUCACGUUGGCAAUGUUGGAAAGAGACGUGCACGAACAGAGGAAGAGUACUUCAAUGAUGACGAUGAUGAAGAGGAACAGCCAAAAACAAAAGAGCCUUACCAGCCAGCGCCGGACAGCCCUGGGGCUGCCAGUGACGAGAGUGAAGAUCCUUUGGAUGCCUUCAUGUCAGGCAUAGAGAAAGAGAUUGUUGCAGACACAAAGGAACGCAUUAGCACUGAAGAAGAAAAACUGAAGAAAGGAACCAGAGAUGACAUUGACAAAGAAGAUGUACAAGAAUCUUACUUUCGGUACAUGGAAGAGAACCCUACUGCUGGCCUGAUUAAUGAUGAAGAGGAGUUGGUGGAUUAUGACUGUGAUGGAAAUCCUAUUAUUGAAAGGAAGAAGGUCAUUGAUCCGCUGCCAGCCAUUGAUCACUCAGAGAUAGAUUAUCAACCAUUUGAGAGGAACUUCUACACUCCCCACGAGGAAAUAGAUGCUCUCACCAGUCAGCAAGUCCAUGAACUGAGACUGAAAUUAGGUAUCAAGGUUUCAGGUCUCUCUCCUCCAAAGCCAGUGAGCAGUUUUGGUCACUUUGGAUUUGAUGAAGCAUUGAUGGGAUCUGUUCGGAAAUCUGAAUACUCGAAGCCCACUCCUAUUCAAGCUCAGGGUGUUCCUAUUGCUUUGAGUGGAAGAGACAUGAUUGGAAUUGCCAAAACUGGUAGUGGAAAAACUGCUGCAUUUUUGUGGCCUUUGCUGAUUCAUAUCAUGGACCAGCGCGAGUUGCAAAAGGGAGAAGGACCAAUUGGACUAAUCUUGGCUCCUACAAGGGAGUUGUCUCAGCAGAUCUACCAUGAAGCCAAGCGUUUUGGUAAAGUGUACAACAUCAAUGUUGUCUGUGCCUAUGGUGGUGGCAGCAUGUGGGAGCAGUCGAAAGCCUGCCAGGAAGGAGCUGAAAUUGUUGUGGCCACCCCUGGACGACUCAUCGAUUUGGUAAAGAAAAAAGUGAUUGAUCUGCAGCGGGUGACCUAUCUGGUAUAUGAUGAGGCUGACCGAAUGUUUGACAUGGGUUUUGAACCCCAAGUCCGUUCCAUAGCCAACCAUGUGAGACCUGACAGACAGACUCUUCUCUUCAGUGCUACCUUCCGUAAGAGAGUGGAGAAGCUUGCGAGGGACAUUCUGGCAGACCCCGUGCGUGUGGUGCAGGGAGAAGUUGGAGAGGCUAAUGAAGAUGUGACACAAGUUGUGGAGGUUCUCCCCCUUGGACCAGCCAAGUGGACCUGGCUCAUGCAACGGCUCGUCGGCUUCACUUCUGAGGGCAGUGUUCUCAUAUUUGUCACAAGAAAGUCAAACUCUGAGGAACUUGCUACCAAUUUGAAGGCCAGAGAUUUUGAAUUGGGACUGUUGCAUGGUGACAUGAGUCAGGCAGAGAGAAACGAUAUCAUCAGCGCAUUCAAGAGGAAAGACUUUGGUGUGUUAGUGGCUACAGAUGUCGCUGCCCGUGGUCUGGAUAUUCCACACAUAAAAACUGUUGUGAAUUAUGAUGUGGCAAGGGACAUCGACACUCACACACACAGAGUUGGAAGAACUGGCCGCGCAGGCACGAAGGGGCAUGCCUACACACUGAUCACAGAGAAAGACAAGGAGUUUGCUCCUCACCUAGUGCGGAAUCUGGAGGGAGCUAACCAACAUGUGCCUCCGUCUCUGCUGGAUCUGGCCCAAAAAUGUCCUUGGUUCAAGAAGAACAGAUAUAAGAGUGGCAAAGGCAAGUCCAUUGCUGGACGGGGUCUGGGUUUCAAGGAGAGACCUGGUUUGGGUGCUGAAACGAGCACUCGUGUACAAGACAGUAUGAGCCUGAGCAGUUUCAAAGCAGCCCCGAAAUCAUCAGCUUUCCAGUCAGACAGACUUUCAGCAAUGAAAACUGCUUUUCAUACCCAGUUCCGGUCCAGCUUUGUGUCAGCCGUGGAGCAGGACAAGUCUGCCAGUGAGGAGAACUACGCGGCGGCGGGCGGCACCUCCCAGCUCAACGCCUCCCUCCAACCCCAGAUGGUCCAGCCCUCAGGGGUGGGCGGGGCCUCACGAGUGGGGCUGGGCAGUGAGGGGCCAGCCAAGAAGAAAAAGCGGAGUCGAUGGGACUGAGGAUGGAUUUUUAUUCUGCGAAAGUUGUUCAUUUAUAUUUGGGUUUUUUUAUUGCUCAUGUUCCCCCCCCCCCAGCUUUUUAAAAUCAUUACUGCAUGUCAUCAAUUUUUUUUCUUUCUAAUUGCACAUGGAGAGUCAGGUUGCUGAAUUGUAGUUUAUGAUGGGUCUUUAUGACAGUGGCCUGAUUUCACCAGGAACGGAUUAGGGUAACAUGAACACAAGAGGGUAGUUGAAGAAGGAGAGUACCUGCAGAUGUGUUUUGAACUUUGCACGGGUUUGCUAUUGCCAAAGGUCAGCAAUAGAAAACAUGACACUUUUGUGCUCUGUUGAUAAUUUAAAAAAGAGAGAGUGAAGGAAGUAAAUCUGAUUUCCCUGUAACGUAUAGCAACUAGGUCGAAAGACACUGUUCUUUUCUUUAUCAUAAUGUAAAGGUCCCAUGAAUGUCUGUGGAAGAUCAAGGCUAAAAACUUCAGUAAUAAAAUGUAAAGAGAGUGUAGAACAUUUUUUUGUAAUUGUCCUAACAGUUUUAACUGAGAUGCAACUACAGACUUGCGGUUUAAAAGUAACCGUCUCAACAAUAUUAAAGAAAAGAUUAAAAAAGCAUGAGACCUCAAAGCUAUUGGAUGCGAUCUUAUGCAUUUACUAUAUUUUGCUUUAAACUUUAAAAGUUGGUCUUUUGUUUAGUAAGAGCACAUAUACUGCAAACAAGUCACUGUUGUCACAAAGAAACAUUGCGGUCUUCUGACCCAGGGAGUCUCCCUAAAUUGUAAAAGAAUUAGAUGAUAGACUGGAAUGUAAACAGAAUAUGCAGUUUGAUAAAACAGACAGCUCGCAUAAGUCAAAUCUGAUAUGUUUUAUCGCUGGAUGUAACCGGGGCUUGAGGGUGUU